AUGUGGUUCUUUCGAGUUCUCUCCUCCGCUGUAUUCCUCCUCACAAUCAUCCUCUCGAUACCUAUAGCCUUCGAUGUCGGCGGACGAGAUUGUGGGCUGGCUUUUUCUUUGAGUUUAUUCUACUUCUAUUUCUUCUUUUCUGCGCUCAAGCUAGCGACUCCGAAAGAGUCAAGGAUACGAUGGGCGCUGAUACAACUUAUCAGCAUGGCGCAGUGGAUUCUGUUACCGGGGCUAUUAAUAUGGAGCAUGAAUAGGUUUGCAGUUGAUGCGAAUGCCAGUGGAGACUGGGCUGCAAGGACAUUCGACCACAAAAGGGCGCAAGAUACCAGCUUCAAGGAGUGGAUAUUCGGCUCAGGAGGGCUCCUUGAAGCGAUGACGGUUGGAACUUGGGACGUCAUGCUGAGAUACUCGACACCACUUUUUCAACUUGCAGAAGGAUUCUGCAGUCUGCUUGUGAUACAAGCCGCGGGGCAAAUUACAAGAUGGCUUGUCAACCGUGGACGUAGCAGCGAUACCUGGAUGAUUGGGUUGCUGGUAUUGUCUGCCUCGAUUAUAUCUAGUUCAGUCUAUUUCCUCUGGAGAAUCACCAAAUUCCCAGAGAUAUCAAACGUGGAUGCUAUCCUCAUAGGAGUCACUAUCACCUGUGCGGUGUUCCUCUGUGGGUGGGGUAUUGGCAGUGGUAGGGGAAAUCCCGUUGAGAGCUCAAUGCUCUUUGCCUAUGUGGUAUUAUGCAUAUACCAGAUUUUUACCGACUACCUGCGACCUUCGAAUGAGACACCACCUCCACCCGCUCAACCGGAAUUUCCUCCAUUCCCGCCUAUUAUCAUGGCCUCAUACUCGACCUUGGUCUACGUACUGUCAACACUACCUUCAGCAGUACACUCGGGGCUUACCUUCUUCUAUGCAGCAUUCCAGACUAUCACCCCGUCUGUUAUCAUUUCCCUAGCCUACCGAAUAUUUGUGUUCUACGCCGCUACACGAAUCAUUCCAGCCGUGAGAGAAUCUGGAGCUCGAGCUUUGUCUGAAGAGCCUAAUCUCGAUGACAGUGAUGGGGAGGGUAAAAUUCUAGGACUUCUAAGUUGGUUUAGCCCAAGUAUCCUCGUGGCGGUUUACACGAGUCUCUUGAUGCAGCACUUUGCUACAGCAGAGGGGAAUGGUACCGAAUGGUGGACUAUGCAAGGGGGCGAUGCUGGGGGAAAUAUCUGGAGAUGGAUAAAUGUAGCUGCGACCAUGGCCUUGUAUGCCUUGGAGCUGUACCUUGGGAAAGAGGAUAUGGAAGGAUCCCUCACAGGGCACUGGAAGACCGACUGA